AUGGCUUCGUCAUCACAAGCUUUUCCUUUGGCAGACUCUAAUUCUUCAUCUUCUUCGUCAUCCUCUUCGGAAGGUGAUCCUUUUGGGGCGUUGAUUCAACAGGAUCAAGACGAAUUCUAUGAGAUUAUGAAUUCAAUGAGGCCAGAGAUAGUCGAGCAAGUAUUUCAAGUCCGUAAAAAGAAGCGGUACAUUCAUCGUGACCGAGAGGGAAGCCACUAUCAGCUAAUGAAAGACUACUUCAACGAGAAUUGUACAUAUCCACCGGAGUACUGUCACAGGCAAUUCAAGAUGCUACGAGAAAUUUUUCUUCGUAUCCUUAAUGAUGUCAAAGCUUUUGAUGACUACUUUGUCCAAAAAAAGGAUGCAACUGGUCGUCUGGGGUUAUCUUCUAUACAGAAGAUGACAACUGCUGUUCGUAUACUCGCAUAUGGUUGUGCAGCCGAUCACUAUGAUGAGUAUAUUAAAAUCGGCGAGAGCACUGCCAUUAAAUGCUUGAAGGCAUUUUUUAAUACUAUUGUUGCUUUGUAUGCAGAGGAGUAUAUGCGCCCACCCAACGAAGCCGAUAUAACACGGUUGCUUGAAGAAGGGGAGCAGAGAGGUUUUCCGAGUAUGCUUGGUUCUAUCAACUGUAUGCACUGGGAGUGGAAGAAUUGCCCAGUGGAGUGGCAAGGCACACAUAGGGGACGAUCUGGUAAGAAUACUCUCGUAUUGGAAGCAGUUGCCUCAUAA